CCCAAAUAUUUGUUUAUUUUAUCAUUCAUUUAUGCAAAUGUACCAAAUCUAGUUUCGUUGCUCAAUCUUUCUUGAAUAUCUUAGUGUUAUAAACUCCUCUUUAUUUAUUUUUAGAUGAGAUCAACUCAUAGUUAAUACUUGUACAUAAAUUACGAAGAUUGAUAUAUUUUAUAUUUGAAUUUAUAGCCUUUCUUUACCCGAAGUAGUCGACGUGAAAGUUAAGGUGAGGGUUAAAAGUUUUGCCCAAAAUAUGAAGAGGUGAAAUAAUUAGGGCAGUGGUAAAUUUUGGUCAGAAAGAAAUACCGUAAAUGGAAACUAUGAUAAGGCAAAAUUACCAUAAAUCAUGAUUCUCAUUGUCCACCUUUUUAUGCUCACUAUUCAAUUAUUAAUAUUAUUACUAUAUUCACAUUCCAUUUCAUAAUUAGUAGUGUCGUUAAAAAUAUGUGAUGCAAAGAUAAUAAAUUCAUACAUUAUUAAUUUUACUUGAAAAUGGGAACACUGGACUUUAUACGCACAGUUCUCCAAGGGGCUUAUUUGUCUCCAUUUUUCUUGCAUACAAAUAUACACACAUAAUGAGUUUAUUCAUAUUAUCUAUCCAAGUAAUUUACCAGGAAGAAAAAAAAAAAGCACCGGUAAGAUAGUAACUUAGAAAUGGGAACUGAAAUGUAGCAUUAAAAUUAUAGUAGAUGAUCUAGACAUAAGAUUCGGAUUAAUAUAAAAAAAAAAUUCAUACGAUGGUAUGUCAGGAUAAAUUUUUAUCACACUGAUCCAGAAUAUUCUAAUAUACCCAGCAUUAAGAUCUGCAUUUUCCUGAUAUAUAUAAAAAAAAAAGUUAAAUUGUUUAACUAUAUAAAUUGCAAUUUUAUUAGAAAGUAGGAAAAGGUUAAAUUGUUUAACUAACUAGGUAAGAAAAGAAGAGGAAAAAAAAACCAUUUUAUCCACCAUCCAGCCAAUGGUACAAUACAACUGGAAAUUCCACAAAAGAAUAAAGAAAGAAAGAGAAUUUGACAAAAAAUAGAAAGAGCAUUAAAGUUGGUAAUAAAAUAAUCCACCAAAAACCUGACUUCUUCAUUGAAUUUGUUUACUAUUUCCUGCCACAUAGUGUGAGGCCACAAGCAGCAAUAGUUUAUUGUGACCUUAAUCAAAUAAACAUAACACUUUAAAUAAUACCAUCACCCCCUCCCAUCUCUUGCUCCCCAUAUUGUCCCUUUCCUCUCUCACCAAACACACACACACACACACACACACAGUGUGAGAGCAUAGUACUACUUCAUGCAUUGACCUAUAUAUAGUUAAAGAAAGUAGCAGAGUUGAGGUGGUGAAGUGAGAGAGAGAGAGAUGGAGAGGUCAGAUUCAUUUCUCAGGCAGCUAAGCAGCAAGGAAGGUUGGAAAUCAGCAUCAAAGAGGUGGGGUGGGGGUGGGGGUGGGGGUGGGGGGUGGAAGCAGGUGGAGGGGAUGUAUGGUGAGAUGAUGAUGAAGAAGAGAGUGAUGGUGGUGGUGGAUCAGUCCUCACAUUCCAAGCAUGCGAUGAUGUGGGCUCUCACUCAUGUCACUAACAAGGCUGACAUUCUCACUCUUCUUCACAUUGUUUCUUCCUCCUCUCACUCUGCUUCCUCUUCUCACCUUGCUUCCUCACUCGCUUCUCUCUGCAACGCUUGCAAGCCUCAGGUUGAAGUAGAAGCACUAGCCAUUCAAGGACCAAAGAUGGAGACAGUGAUGAGCCAAGUGAAGAAGCUUGAGGUCUCUGUUCUUGUCUUGGGACAGAAGCACCCCUCCCCAUUCCUCAACUGGUUGCAAGAUGAAUUUGUGGAGAAGAAAUGCAUCAACCAUUUGGAAUAA